AUGAACCAAACAGAAGCAAUUGAGGAGGCUAAUGCGAAGGAAGCUGAUAAAGUAGCCAACCAGUUGCAGUCUACUGGUAUACCUUCGGUGGAGAUGGAGCCGCUUCUUCUUCAGAUGUAUGUAGCAGUUUUUGUAUUUCAUUACCCCCACUAUCACUCUCUCGGGGUUGGUGGUGGCACUUCAGCACCUAAGCAAGAAGAAGUCAAGCGUCUUCUAGGCGAGAAGAUUAAGAAAAAGGAGAGACUUUUGAAAAUAUUUGUUUUUGAGGAUCAUUAG